GAUUCACAAGGACCCUCCAUUGUGUUUAAGCAAAAGCACGAAAUCGGCAUUCUGAUUUAUCGUAAAGAAGCGUCCCAAAUUGUCUUUAAGAUAACAUGUUUGAGUUUUUCUUGUUCAUUCAUAAAUUAUUUUGAUGUCAGCGUAGAUGAAAUGGCGAUUGGUUAUCUCUUCCUCUUGCCAGCCCCUUAAGGAUCCGAGGUGAAAUUAGUAGCAAGAAAGCAUGUAAUUGACAAAGUCACGUGUGCUCAGGGGGCCAGAAACUGGAGAGAGAAGAGAAAAAAAUCAAAAGAGGGAAAGCACAUUAGACCAUGCGAGCAAAAUUUGUGAUCGCACAAAAUCAAGAUGUUAGAUUGAUGCAGAAGAUCACUCCGUUCCAAAGGGAAAGUUUUCAUCUCACGAGUUUGGAGCAGAGGGCCCGUGGGGCAACAUGGCCGAAGGCGGGGCAAGCAAAGGUGGUGGAGAAGAGCCCGGGAAGCUGCCGGAGCAGGCAGAGGAGGAAUCCCAGGUUUUGCACGGAACUGGCCACUGUAAAUGGUUCAACGUGCGAAUGGGAUUUGGAUUCAUCUCCAUGAUAAGCCGAGAGGGAAGCCCCUUGGAUAUUCCAGUCGAUGUAUUUGUACACCAAAGCAAAUUAUUCAUGGAAGGAUUUAGAAGCCUAAAAGAAGGAGAACCAGUGGAAUUCACAUUUAAAAAAUCUUCCAAAGGCCUUGAAUCAAUACGGGUAACAGGACCUGGUGGGAGCCCCUGUUUAGGAAGUGAAAGAAGACCCAAAGGGAAGACACUACAAAAAAGAAAACCAAAGGGAGACAGAUGCUACAACUGUGGCGGCCUUGAUCAUCAUGCUAAGGAAUGCAGUCUACCUCCUCAGCCAAAGAAGUGCCAUUGCUGUCAGAGCAUCACGCACAUGGUGGCGAACUGCCCUCAUAAAACUGUGGUGCAGGCGCCCACCAGUUCUCAGGGAAGACAGGAAGCAGAGCCCCAGCCAUGCACGUCGACUUUCCCUCGAGAGGUGGGGGGAGGGCAUGGCUGUACAUCACCACCGUUUCCUCAGGAGGCGAGGUCCGAGAUCUCAGAGUGGCCAGGCAGGUCGCCUCAAGAAGCUUCCUCCGUGAAGUCCUCUGCAGCGCCAGAAGAACAAAGCAAAAAGGGGCCUUCCGUUCAAAAAAGGAAAAAGACAUAACCCUUCUUCUUAGCGUGUCGUUUUCUCUCCCUGGUUGGGACGUCUACCUCAUGCGAGUACAGGGGAACAGUAUUUCACAAGAAGCAGCUGACCUGGGAUUUUAACUACUGUUGAGGAACUGUGAAUUUUUUUAAACAGACAAAUCACUCUAAGCAAAUUAACCUUUGAGCAGGGUGUCGUGUUGUAUGUGACUCAGAGGACAAGAUGCUGUGUAUCGGAUCGUGCAUGUGUGAGAGGGAGAGAGCCUGCGUCUGUGUGUGUGUGUGUGUGUGUGUGUGUCGGAGGAGUUUAUAGAGAAUGUAGACAUGUAUAUAAAGAGGGCCUGUCUUUAUAUAUGUGUGUCUAGAGCUAAAAGCACACACCCUCCCUCCCAGAAUUGGACAUUCCCAAGAAUUGAAGACCCAUGUGAAGCAUUUUAGAUGGUUAGGAAAAUAACCCCUGGAGUUUUUCUUGAAAUACCAGUCCCUGUAGGUUACAUUAAGGAAAAAACAACAACAAAAAAAAUGUGACUGUUACCUUUUGUGUGAACCAAAGGAUUCUCCAGAUCGCACAGCUGCCAAUCAUAUGGUACUAAAGGUUUUUAAGACAUCCGUUCUCCCAAGUUCAGGAUUGCCUCUUUUUCUUGCUAUCUAUAGAGUGUGUCCCUCGCUCCCAUCCCCUUUGAAGGCAGUCCCUUAACUCCAUAUGCCUCUGACUGCCAUAAGCUCUUUUGAAUCUGGGAUACAUAACUCCAGAAAAGACAAUGAAUGUGUACUUUCUGUGCCGAUAUUUCAAAAGUUUUUUAAUUCCUAUGUUUUAAUUGUAAAUUAGAUGCCUAUUAAGAGAAGUGAAGGGGCGGGCCGUGUCUACAUGUAGUGACUUGAUUGUUGUCAGUGGUAUUUUGAUACCAGCUCCUUAUAAUCUCUUACCUGUUGU